AUGUCAUUAAAAUUUAAUGAACAAAAUAUAGUAACGUUUUCCUGCCCUUCUUCGUCAUCAACCCUUCCCUCCAAUUAUGUGCAACAAAAUGUGAAUCUUUAUUUCAUUCCUGAAGGAUAUGAUUUCCCGCUUAAACAACUUUCAUAUUCAUAUAAAUUUUCCGAUUUCAUUGGGAGAUUCUUUUCAAUAAGUUUGAUAAAUUUUCUUGCUCUGACUGCUACCAAUGAUGUUUUAAUAUUGGUAGUAGUUAGAGCAAGAAAGUUUAUCAAACUUAUUAAAAGAAUCUCUCAAUGA